CGACAACACCGUCACCACAAGAAAACAACACGCCGUUGACAUCCCGUCUGGGGCAGGAGCAAACGCAAACCCCGCGACCCGACCUGAUCGACAGCCACCGUCCGAUCCGCUCACCCUCACUCGCCGAGCCGACGCACCUGAGCCCAAACGCCGGCGCGGCGUCGUCUCUCGCUUUGCAGGCUGUUCGCCAGUCCCGUCCCGGCUCGGACAUGGCCCUCGGGCUCUCGGCGUGCUUGCUCGAUCGAGAUUUUCGUCGUCGUUCCUGCUGCGUUCCUUGCUCAUCAUCCUCAUCUCCGCUGGCAUUACCAUCGACGACAUCGACAAGCAAGCUAGGUAGCCGGGCGAGGCGGCCCGCUCGCCAACACCAACACCCACGACAAUGACAAACUACACGCGCAUCACGACAAUCGGCGGGCUGACCAUCUCGGCCCUGACCAUCCUGUCGGCGCUCUACCUCCUCUACUCGCUCGUCUCGCACGGGCGCGGCAAGCUGCGCGUGCGGCUGCUCAUCGGCAUCGUUAUCAGCGACAUGUCGGUCGGGCUCGUCGCGCUGCCGGCGCAGGCAUUGCUCCUGUCGGGCGGCAAGAUGGGCACGGGGACAGCGGGGUGCAAUGCCCAGGGCUUCCUCUUCACGACCGCCCUCUUCAGCCAGCACCUGUGGACGCUGUGCAUCGCCAUCGCGACAUUCAUGCUGCUUAAAUACCCCCUCCACCCCGCGACGACACAUCUCGAGCGGUGGGCGUGGCUCGCGUGGCCGGUCGUGUGGGGCGUGUCGGCGCUGCACGCGGGUAUCUGGAUGGCGACGGUGGGCUUCGUGCAGUCCGGCUCGCAGUGUUACUACGGCACCAAGAGCGCUGUGCCCGGCCUGGACCGGGACCUCGUGCAGUUCGUCCCGCGUGCGUUUGUGUUCGUGGCCAUCUGCGGGCUGUAUACCCGGCUGUUCAGCUUCCUCCGCCGGCCCGACACGAUCCAGCUGAGCUCGACAGGCGGGUCGCUGCACGCCACGAGUGUCGGUGCUGGCGCACAGCCGGCAAGGAACAAGCCGCCACGGGCCAAGACGCCGCUCGUGUCGUGCCUCCGCGAUCCCUCAGCUCCGCUCCCGAACCCGGCCGCGCCGUGGGAGGCGAUGGAGUUCAUCCACGUCGGCGGCGAGCAGUCAUGGCUCAAGGACGACGACGGCGAGGUCGAGGACCAGACGGCACCAGAUCGCAAGCUUAGUGGGAACACGACGCUGGUAGAUGCCGCCGAGCGGCGGUUCAGCUUCGUCGGCGAGAAGAUCAAGGGCUUGAGCGGGUUCGCUGAUCGCGAUCGCGGGGCCGGCGGACGAAAGCGCAGCGUUAUGUCCCUCGGGUACGGGUUCGGCGCCGAGUCGAUACGAGAGGACGAGGGGACGGGCGAGGGCGACGACGGGACGACGGCCGUGAACAGCGCGAGCAACUCGGCCAAGUUGACGCCGAGCCGGCCCUUCUUCGCGCCCGAGUACGACGUCGUCGCUGCGCCGAGCCCGACACGUGCGUGGUUCAGCAGCGACACGGCGUCCGCACCGGCACAACUGUCACGUAUCGCGUCGCUGCCCUUCUCGCUCGGCAGCCAGACACAGACACGGGGCUCCGUGCCUGCCGACUUCAAGGACGAUCUGCUCGACGACGACAACGACAGCGGCCCAAGCCUCGUCGAGUUCUUCCAGGCCAACCAGCUCGCCUCGGGGGUGCGCGCGCCAAAAGACAGCGCCGACGCGAGCGCGAGCGCGCCGCAGCAGAUGAGCGCGACGGCCUACUUUAAUCGCCAGGCGAGCCUCCUCAUGCUCUACUUCCCCCUCGCGUACAUGCUCGUGUUCUCCAUCUCGCUCGCGCGUUUGAUAUACGACAUGGUACACCACCGCACCAAUCCUGUGCUGUCGCUCCUGUCCAACUGGAUGACGAUGGCCGUGGGCUUGAUCGACGCGUUGACGUACGGGCUCGCAGAGUACCUUGUCCGCAGGAGGGUGCGGCGCAAGAUGCCAGAUCGGCUCGGGUAGUGGGGGGUUACGGACACUGUACUGUGUACUGUUAGAG